CGAGCCUCCGUACUCAGUCUGACGCAGAAAGGUUGAGUGUAAGGUGGUGUUCGAUCGCAUCUCCCAUCCACAACGGGACUUUGUGUUGGUCAUUAUACGUCUCGACGCCUCCGUCGUUUGCAAGUGUGAUACAGUUUUAACACGUGAGUCAGAGCCAUGCUGGACAAGAUCAAACCCAACGAAGGCCCUUCAGAAACCGUAGCAGCAGUAGCAGUGGCUCCUUUGGCAUCUCCAGAGAGCUCGGUUGCUCCAACGCCCACAGAUGGGGAGCAGCAGCCGAUAUCUUGCACACUGGUCGACAGAAUCCCAGUUUCAGUAGCUGUCUCCAGUGAGGAACCACAGACAGAAGCUUCUCAGCCAUCUGCAACAGUUUCUGGUGAGGGCGUACAAGAUGACAGCACACAGGAAAGUCCCAGAGUACAAGGAGAAGAACACACAGAUGGUCUGUCACAAAGUGCGCAAACAGAGAGUAAUUUAGGUGGAUCUUGUACAAGCACAGAAGACAUAGAGAGUAGUAACGAUCCUAGACUGAACUCAAGUACAGAUAUUCCAGACACUUCAUCUUCUGUGCUAGAAUCGAACCCAGCUCCCGAAUCACCAGUUAGUAGUCCAGAACGUAGUGUAAAUAAGGAAUAUAUUGAAUCAAACAAUACAGUACCUGAUAACUCUGAUUUAGAGAAACCUAUACCCUGCAUGAUUGCAUUUACAACUUCGCUUGAUGCUGCUCAAAGUAGUGGAAGUAUAGAGGAAUCAAGCUCAGUUCAGCUAGCGGCUGAAAGACCGGAAAGUAUUGCAGACUCAGCAGAUAGGGUCUUGGACGCAGAAGAUACAAAUUUGAAUUCACAAAGAGCGUUAGAUGAUGCUUCAGCUGCUGCUAAUGCUGCCUUGUCACAAAAUCUAGUCAUUCCCUCUUCUCAGCCUGCUUCUCAAGACCAAGGUCUGUCUGAAGGACACGACGACGACACUGUGGAUUGUCCUCUGCAUCCUGAUGCUGUGGACGCAAACUUUUACACAUACGGACCCAACGCCCCGGGUCUCCCCACGUACGAGGCAGCUUUGGCAGCCGCAGGAGAGACCAGGGGAACGGGAAGAGAAGACACUGCACCCUCAGCUCCUUCUUAUGAAAGUGCAGCAAACGAAAAUGUUGAAGGGCAUUACCUUCCCUCUGCUCCUCCAGAUGAGACCCCUCCUGGGAACCAAGAAUCGCCGCCGAGCCCACCCGAAGGCCCUAGGCCGACGCCGGCAAUGUUUGCUCCAGUUGUCAGACCUGACGUCAAACAAGUGCGCAUAGGAGUGAAUCUCGUUCGAGCAGCGAAGAGGCUUCUUUCCUUCUUGGCAACUGUGGAUGAGCAUAAGGCUCUCUACCAAGGGCCUCUAGUCAGUGCUGCUCUUAGGAGGUACGAAGAAUGCUGGCUGCCUCUGGUAGCACGAGGGGGUGAAAGCGAAGGGUGUGCGCCUCCACUAGACGUCCACUGGGUAUGGUUAGUCCACAUGCUCGCUCCACAGCACUACCACCAGGACUGUUUGGCCGUUGCUGGGGUAGUGGUUCCUCACCGUCUCACAAGUGCCAAGGCGUUAGAAAGAGCGAGGGAGAAAGGACGCCGCCUUUGGGAAGCUGCUUACCCUUCGGAACCCUGGGACCUCCCCCUGGACGACUACCCAGGCGACCCGACCCCCUCGGAGAUCAAAGACGCCGUCAGGAAAUCGGACGACGACGACGACGACGAUACGUCAUCGAUGACGUCAGAAGCGGCUGAGAAGAUGACGUCACUCGUGACGUCACAGGCUACCCCAGGGCUCAAGAUUCAGACCCGGAUUUCUUACGAUCUCAGAUCCGCCGUGGAGAGACAGAGUGCGUUCUUCUAUCAGGUCUCGCUGCCGCACUAUCGAACCAAGGGCUUCCUGCGCUACAGUGAGAAACGGUACAGACAGUUCCUGGCUCUGAAGAGAGCCCACCCCGAUAAGUUCCUGGUUCCUUGUUACGACAUGGACAUCAUGUGGCAUACGCACCAGGUUCACCCACUGAUAUACAAGAAAGACACUGAAAGUCUGCUGAAUCAGCUCCUGCCGCAUGAUGACUCUGUCAAUGACAGAAGUACAGGAUCAAGGCUCUUGGUUUCGGAUGGUAUAACGCGCAGCCUCUGGGUUUCGUCUUACGGGACUACAUUCAGGAGAGAGGGAGCCAUGUUUCGUGGAGACCCUCCCACCAAGUAUAUCGGUCCCCUUCUUCCGGAAACUAGGAAGUCUGCUCAUGGCUCAGUGUUCCACUGCCAGGUGCUCAAGCUGGUGAUAAAAGGCAAGGCUCCAGAUGGCCCUAUUAAAAUUAAAAUUAAGCAUGAGACGAGAAGAGUGGCAGAACUGAGCCUCUUCCAUGAACAGGUCAAAGGCACUUCAGAACACAAUGUCACCGAUCUUGCAUUAACUUUCUCCUUACCUGACUAUUCUGCUGGGGACUGGUUGGUGCUGAAGAUGUCUUCAAAGAGAAGGUUCAGUCGUUUGCUCAAAUUCUUAGGUCAAGGGAACUUCUGGUGCAUGACCUAUCUGUAUGAACUCUUUGAUAUUAAAACUGAAGGUACAAUUGUAAAGGUGUUCGAGGAUGCUGGAGCUGUUGUUGAAAUGACAUUGCGAGUAGUCCGAAGUGUUAGCGAUACCUACGUUCCUCUGGGGGUCUUGACAGGUCCCUUCGUGCCUACCGUCUUGAACCCCGAGUGUUUGACCUCGAUGCAGGGCAUUUUAACCAAUAACCAUGCUGCCUCCAGCGACAUAUAUCUCGCUGAAAAGGCCACUCAUCGUCUGGUCAACGAAACGAAUCCCCAGAAACCGCAGGUUCUGGAGGUGGAGGUGUACCACUCCCGCGGCCUUAUAGCGUCUGCCGUCCAGCUGUUUGCUGACACUGCCUCAGGGCGAAUCCUCGUGGCCAUGGCCCACACCCUUGAUGGAAACACAUUACCGUCCCCUGCCACACUCAAGUGCCCUAAUAAUAAAACUAUGGCCAAAAACAUAGCUAUGUGUGAUUAUAAUGCUGGUGAGCGAGCAAUGCUGAUCAAAACUCGCGAUGGAGAUUGGGCCAUUGUUGUUGCAACUUGGGCUGGUCUUCGAAGAGGUAUACCAGGAACUCUAGCCAAGCGUGGAGUACCUGGAAGUCCGGGCCACUUGGUGGUCCGUAUCCAUUGCCCACCCACUGCUCCUGCCAAAAUUGUAUCGUUGCCUUACGAGCAACAGUUGUACAGCUGUGAUAUUCAAGAUCUUUAUAUUGAUAUGCAGAAAGGCAUAUUGAAGGUAAAUGGCGACUCAAAUGACUGGGUGCAAAACGUAGCUCUGGGACUAAGCAUCACGGUGCUGCACAUCAUCUGUCAGCCACGCUAUGUACAAGAAGACGGUGACUCUGUUGAUGGACAGGUAGAACAGUCGCUCGAUCCACUGUCCUACCCUCGAAGGAUACCCAUCGAGUCGCUGAAGCUUGUUGGAGCUCUGGGCUUUUUCUGUGCAUCUGCCCCAACUAUCGCCCUCCGCAAGAACAAGCGUGAAGUGGAUCCAACUGGGACAGCAACCAUGACCCACCUUGCCAUCAUGGGAACAGGGACCUGUGGAGGAGCCUGCGGUUCCUGUGGUGGGUGUGGAGGCUGUGGAGGAGGGUACUACGCUACCUUCGGGAGCCAGCCGUACAGUGGAUGGGUCAAGAGCGGCGAUGGCGGCUGCAAUGGGACCGGUUUCGGAGGCGAUAGUGGAGGAGAUACUGGUGGAGAUGGAGAUGGAGGUGGGGAUGGAGGAGGCGUGGACGUUUUCGGGUACAUCUUUGGAACGGCUGCUGCAGACGCCGGUGGGGGCAGUGGUGGAGAUGCUGGAGGAGGCUGUGGUAGCUGCGGAGGAUGUGGGGGCUGUGGAGGCUGUGGGGGAUAGGAAGAGAGGGAGAGAGGAAGGAAGUACCAUUUCGUCAAUGUGUGUCAAAAUGAUGGAGUGCCUUUCACACACACCAACUUGUUGCCUCCCUUUAAACGUAGUUGAAAUUACUGUUUUAAAUCUUGUUUACUGCUCUGCAGAAGUUAGGCAUUGUUGUUGCUCCAUGUGCAUUCGAUAUAUUGUACAAAUGUUGUUCGUUUUGAUGUAGGAAUCGAAUUACAAUGUGGUUUUUAUCUUUCGGAAGAAUUUAUUAGCAACUCUCUAAGAGUU